AUGAGCGGUCCCGUGCGCACUGAGCCGCUGCACGGUGAGACCCCUCUGCUGGCGCGCAGCGACUCCUACUCGGUGGCGGUUCUGCUGCGCGGCUACACGGAGCCGCAGGGGGCAGGCGAUGCGGUGCGUGCUGAUGGCACGGUGACCCUCGUCCUGCCCCGGGCCUGGACCUCGGACUCCAUCCCCCGAGUGGCCCUGUCCGCAGACAGCGACGCGAAGACUGCCCUGGAGGAGGCGGUGCGUGGCCCCAUUCUCGUGGACACCGGAGGCCCCUGGGCUCGGGAUGCGCUGCUGGAAGCCCUGGCUAGGCAGAGCGUGGCCCCCGGGGAUGUGACUCUGGUGGUGGGGACCCACGGACACUCGGAUCAUAUUGGGAACCUAGGGCUGUUUCCCCGGGCUGCUCUGUUCGUCUCUCAUGACUUCUGCCUUCCCGGGGGCCUCUAUCUGCCCCACGGGCUGUGUGAAAUGCAGCCCUUGACACUGGGCUCGGGAUUGCAGGUGUGGGCCACGCCGGGCCACGGAGGACAGAGGGACGUGAGUGUGGUAGUGGAGGGCACCAACCUGGGCACCGUGGUGGUGGCUGGCGAUGUGUUCGAGCGCCUUGGUGACGAGGACUCCUGGCAGGCCCUGAGCGAAGACCCAGUAGCUCAGCAGCGGAGCCGGGAGAGGAUCCUCGGUGUGGCUGAUGUGGUGGUUCCUGGCCACGGAUCCCCCUUUCGGGUGGUCAGGGAAGCAGUGAAGAGUUCCGAGGAUUUGAUACGCGAAGACAGGGAGGCCGCUUGACCGGACUCCAGUCAGGAAAGCCCCUCUGGCGAGGAACUGGAG